AUAACGAUAAUAUAAAUUCUGAUGAUCCAGAUCUGGUGCCCGAGAUAUCUGCUGGUGUAGUUACUAAUGAAGAAAACAUCAAUAUAAAUAAUGAAAGAGAAAUUGGAAGGGGAAGGGGAAACACUAAACGUCAUCAUAAAAUUCUUCGUGAUAGUAUACAGGGUAUAACUAAACCUGCAAUUAAGAGAUUAGCUAGACGUGGAGGUGUUAAGCGUAUUUUCGGUCUCGUAUACGAAGAAACUCGAAGUGUAUUAAAAGUUUUUCUUGAAGAUGUGAUUAAAGAUGCUAUUACUUAUACAGAGAAACCAGAACCAGGUUUUAGAGAAAUAAGAAUUAACGUUGAACUAAAACAACAAGAAAACAAUAUUUUCAGUUUCCCUGAUUUAUGUAAAGAAGCCGGUAUAGAUCUUACAGGACCAAAACAAAAAUAUUAUCAUUCUGGCUCUGAAACCGACGAUAACUCUGCAGAUUCAACGUUAAUUCUUAUUUCUCUAAAACCUGAAGCCGGUAUAGAUCUUACAGGACCAAAACAAAAAUAUUAUCAUUCUGGCUCUGAAACCGACGAUAACUCUGCAGAUGAUGAUUUUUUUAAAAGGAUACUUGAGAAUUCUGAAAAAUAUGCAGAUGAGGAAGAAGAAGAACAGAACAGGCAAGAAAAAUAUGACGUUUCUGAUCCAUUCAUCGAUGAUAGUGGCAUGGCUUCAUUUAGAUCAGAUAAUAAUAAUAAAUCUCGUCCUAAAAUCGAGGGCUUCUACGUAUGGAGGGGUCCGUUAGAAUUAGAAAAUAA